CCUCCUCCGGUACCCUUUCCCUCUCUGUCCUCUUAUCAAGUCCUCUCCUCCUGUCUCGCUUCCAGCCCUCUGGCCAGCUGCCUCCGGCUCCCUUUCCCGGAUCCUCCCUCUACCCAGUCUUUCCCCAUUUCCCCGGUCUCAUCUAACUCCCUUUCUGCCUUCCUCUGGUCUGACUCGCCUGCCCCAUCCCGUCCCCGCCCUGUCCCCUUUGUGCCCCUUUUUCUUUUUCUCUCUCCCUCCCUGGCUUGGUGUCCCUUCUCCACCUCUAACUCCCUUCAGCUCGGCCUCCCUGUCCCCUCGCGGCCGCCAGCCUCCCUGCCCGAGGCCUGAGCCACCAUGCUGACCCCAAUGGUGGCUGGGGGGGUGGUGUUCCCCGGACUCUUUCUCCUCUCCAAGAACACGCUCCAGCGGCUGCCCCAGCUGCGCUGGGAGGAGGCUGACGCGGUCAUUGUCUCAGCCAGGCUAGUGUCUUCUGUCCAAGCCGUCAUGGCCUCCACCGCUGGCUACAUCGUCUCCACCUCCUGCAAGCACAUCAUUGAUGACCAACACUGGCUUUCCUCUGCCUACACGCAAUUUGCAGUGCCCUACUUCAUCUACGACAUCUACGCCAUGUUCCUCUGUCACUGGCACAAGCACCAGGUCAAGGGGCACGGAGGGGAUGAAGGGGGGGCCAGAGCCCCGGGCAGCAUCUGGGCCGUGGCGCGCGGCUACCUGCACAAGGAGUUCCUCAUGGUGCUCCACCACGCCGUCAUGGUGCUCGUCUGCUUUCCGCUGUCGGUGGUGUGGCGUCAGGGCAAGGGAGAUUUCUUCCUAGGCUGCUUGCUGAUGGCUGAGGUCAGCACCCCUUUCGUCUGCCUUGGCAAGAUCCUCAUCCAGUACAAGCGGCAGCACACUCUGCUGCACAAGGUGAACGGGGCCCUGAUGCUGAUCAGCUUCCUCUGCUGCCGGGUGCUGCUCUUCCCCUACCUGUACUGGGCCUACGGGCGCCACGCCGGCCUGCCGCUGCUCGCCGUGCCCCUCGCCAUCCCGGCCCACGUCAACCUGGGCGCCGCGCUGCUCCUGGCCCCCCAGCUCUACUGGUUUUUCCUCAUCUGCCGCGGGGCCUGCCGCCUCUUCCGGCCCCGGGGCUCCACGCCGCCCUCUCCCUGUCAGACCCAGGACUGA